AUUAUUAGCGCUAGGAAUUUGGCGAAUCGAUUCUAUUCAGUGUCUCUAGUAGAUUCACAACAAAUAAACAACCAAAACAUAAACGUGGGCGCUUAUUGGUUGUUGCGAUUAAGGGUGGAUGGCGAAAAUCGUUUUGAAAAGCUGUAAAACAAUUUGAAAGCGGACAUUAAACAACUUUGUGAAAUAUUCAGUUCGACAACAUGAAUCCAGUUCACAGUUUUGUGUUUCCAGAUGUUCCUAGCGAUUUGAGCAAAAUUCUGUUCCGAGAAGAUAAACAGAUGGUAGUUGUUGGCAUUAUCGGAAAAUCUACUACUCGAGAAUGCAACAAAUUGACCGGUUUUAAACUGCUCAAUGUUCAUCCUGCUCUAACGGACUCGGAAGGCUCUGAGGGGCGGAUUAAACUUUACUUCGAAAAAGAUGGAGAUACUCUAUACUUGCAUUUUGAAACAACUUUCGAUCAGCACGUUAUGGCUUGUCUAUUGGAAAAAGCUAUCCAAACUGAACAAAAUGAUAAUUUUAUAAACUUCAAUAGUAGCAUAAGAACACGAUUCGCCCGAAUGUUACUUUUUGCAAUUCAGGUAUGCCAUAUAAUAGUGCUGGUGGAACCAACUUCCGUUUUCGAUACCAGCUACUUGUCAAUUUUCAAAUCUUUGAAAAUUAUUCGUGAAAAAUAUGUGCUCAAAUUUCUGCCAAAAAUGCUGAAAUACUCAAAUGUAGCGAACUACAUGGGCAAAGAAGCACGUUUAUGCAGUCCGAGAUUCAUUUUUCUGUUCGAAGGCACAAGUGGUAUAAGCCUCGAAGAAGUUGAAAAAUUGGACAAACUAGAACGCUUUGUUGAGGAAGAUAUUUACAGAAUGUUGCGCAACGAGUUUAUAAUCACCAACAACAGUGCUAUGUCACUAUUUUCUAUUCCGCGAAAUAAGAAAUUUGUUUUCUUUACCAGCGACAAUUCCGCGAAAUCGGAUCCUAUUGCAGACUCAAUCGACAUGUUGAUGAAAUAUUUGCACAAAGCUGCCAAUAGCAAUCCUGUCCAGAGUGAGAAGGAUGAAGAAGAUCUCAUUAGCCGUUUGAGACCUUACAAUGGAUACGGCGUUUCGGCUUGGAGUGUUGGAACGAGUCAACGAGACAACAAAAAGGAGAGGGGCAUUCUGGCUAUGUUGAAGGAACACGUGACAGAAGCUUUGGAGCAUGGGUUCGAUGAUAGUGUCUCUAAAUACAGGGGAAGAAGCCAUUUUGUGAUUCCAGGAGUAAAAACAUGGUAUGAAGGAUUCAAACUAUUACACAAAAUUUUCAUUGAGAAUCCUGAUAACAUGAACUAUGAAACAAAUGAUGCUGAUUAUAAAGCAUACUUGGAAAAUUUCCAUAAGAUAAUAGACAUCGACGAACGAUUUUAUUCUGAAAUUUGCGAUCAUGGACUUGAGCUUGCCAUGGUGAAUUAUAAGGACAUGCUACCGCAUCAUUAUAGUGGCACCUAUCACGAGAAAAAAUACAAUCAAGCCCGGGAGCUUCUUAUGCGCUAUGCACGAGGUCCAGAAGUUGAAAGACAUGAACUGAAACUGAAAGAAUACUGUGAUUCAAUUUGGUUUAACGGAAAACAACAAUGCGAAUUUCCCAGUCUAAGAGGUAAUCCCUGUGCAUUAGGUAAACACAAGGCAAACGACCCUAUGGAUCACUCUAGUGGAGUUAUCUUUGUGUCCGCUUGCAAUUGCGGUAGAACACAAGGUCAUCGUGAAGAUCCUUACACCAUAAGGCAAGCUAACUAUGAAUUUUAUCAACUAAUUUCCAAAAGCUGCAGUAAUUGUAAUGUUCUGGAAAGGGUCAAAUUUCCAGUAUUUGAACCAUCAAGUAAUGAUUUUCGUGCAGCCGAAUUUAUCAACAAAAAUCUCUCCAAUCUCAUGUCAUUCGAAAAUUCAAACAAGACGCCGGAUACCGGCACUCACGCACCCAUGACAAACGAGCACUCGCCUCAUUUAUCUGGCAGUCAGAAAAGCCAAGAUUCUGCUUCAAAUCUCACUUUCAGUAUGGAUGACAACCAAGAAGAAGUGAAAAAUGAGAAAAACUAUGGGAGCCAGAACGAGACGGUAGAGCCUCUGGAGGAAGAUGAAUUUAACGAAAUUGUUAUCAAAGUUGGAGAAUACAGUGAAGACGUCGAACGGGAUAAGACAAUCGCACGACAACCCUCCACAACUGAAUAUCUUCCAGGGAUGCUACAUGCUGCUAGUCCAGUAGGUUUACUUCCACAGUUUCCGUCUUGGUCUCUGGUUUGUUUAGGACCAAGCUCAAUUUACACGCAUAACAGUGGGAUUCCUGAGCAUAUUCAAAGCGGAUUUUUAUCUGGUGCCAAUUUUCUUCUGCCCUGGGAUGUUAGUGUCAGAUUAGAACACGCCCGAUCCUGGGCUGCUUCAUACGAAAAGAUUCGAAACAGAAAGAAAAGUAAUACUCAAUCGAAAACUGCUGAAUCUAGCAAUACUUUUACCUUAAAAAUAUUUGUUGGCAUAGAAUACGAGUGCCUCCGAGGGCACCGUUUUAUCAUGAGUGGCCCAGAUACAGUUCUGCGUGGUGGAUCUGGAAUCGUGAGAGAUAGUGGAAGUAAGGUGGUGUUCAACGAUAUGCCCAUCUAUUUCCCUUGUCCCUGCCGUAAUUCCAACGUUGCUCAGCUUAUGCGAGUACACAUAGUUACUCCAAAAGCUCCGGUGAAUGUGAUCAUGGAACCUAAAGUUAAGACAUCUCAAAACAACAUGCAGAAUAGUUUAAUUUUCACGACCGGCUUGACCGAUCCAAUCAAACUGAGUCAAAGUGCCUACUGGAUACUGCGUUUGCCCUUUAUAUAUGAAGGUGAUAAUGGACCGUUGCUUCCACCGUUGGAUUUGAACUCAGCUAGCGCAUCUAUGCACGGUGUUCUUCUUGCUGGGAUGUUCGGAAUCCGAGAAAGUGAAUUAAGUGAAGAAUUGUUAUAAAUUUUCAUGAUUAAAAAUUGUGUAAAAAGAGGAACAGUCUACCUACCCAAUUAAUUUCUUUUCGGAAACAGUUUAUGAGAAAUUAGCCAUCCUUGCUAGGCAUAUGCUGUUCUUCACAGCUGUUAUUUUUUUUUAGGUUUUCAAUUAUCUUAGCUCUUUAAUUUUUUUACCGAAUCGGAACUAUUUGAAAAGCACCAGUUUUGAAAAUGAAUGACAGAGAAUUUGUUACUCUACCAAUAUCACCAGCAACAAAAUACAUGUUUUUCGCAGUCGGUAGGAUUCGAACCUACGCUCCCAGAGGGAAUCUGAUUUCUAGUCAGACGCCUUAACCGCUCGGCCACGACUGCUUACUAA